AUGUCGAAGUUGGAUGUCCAUUCUCCCGUCGUCACUUGCUCCGAGUCCCAGGCGGCGCCAUCUCUGUCUGCCACUGCUGAGUCGUGCAUCGCCGAGCCCUCCGGCAAUGAUUCGGCCUUUAUCAGCAGCGAGGGAAGGGAAUAUUCACCAAAGAAAUCCAAAUUCGAAUCCAAACCCGGACCCAAAACCAGUACCAACAGCAGGAGUCAAGCCAACGGAAACACAGAACCAUCCAGGAGAAAAGACCUCAGUCCACAGCAGAGGAUGACCGAGAUCAAGAAAAUCCAAGACGUUCGCCGUCGGAGGGUCAUGAGCGACUACACGAAGUGUAUGUCUGCUGUCAGAGAGCAGCUCCUCGACGCCCUGGAGACCGAGUUCCGCAUGAAGGGAGAACAACACCAAUCGAACAUGGACAAAUACCUGAAGGCUGUCGCGCGCCGUAAGAAGGUAGAGCAGAGGCUCAUGCACAAGCUAAAAAUACUGAAAGAAGCCAGUGAGGACUUUGGGAACCAGCUUGAGGCUACGGUAAAUGGCCGCGCCGCCGAAUCGGCCCAGUCGGCCCAGUCGGCCGAGGGUGCUGCUGUUGCUGAAGACAAGGGCAAGGAGAACGAGCAGGCUCCUCCCAAUCACCCUUUUGCAUCUGGUGUCCAGCAAGCUGAGUGGAAGCAAGGACAGUAG